UUAUACUUAUUAGACAGAUAACUUCGUGACGUGAUAAAACCAUAGUGACAAAGCUUACUAGUUCUAUCUCGUUUAAUAAUCUUCUUUCUUUUACAUUAAAAUAAAAAUAAAUUGUGUCGAACUAACGAAGACUAAAUUGAAUUGAACACAAUGGCAGCAAUUAAACGUUUAACCGGUUUGACAAAAGCCCUAACUUCUAUGACUACAUCUACAACAAGAAUUUCUUGUCUACCAGCUAUAAAGAAAAACUAUUUUACCUAUGUAAAUGAACCGUCAAUGCCAAUACCAGGAAAGGAACCUUGUUGGCUUAAAACUGCUGAUGAAGCUAUUGAGCAAGCCAAUCUUGAUUCAGAACAAGUAGUAUUUUCUCAAGGAGCAGCAGCUACACCAAGUGAAUUAUUGAGAGCAAUGACUGAUUAUGGAGUACGGUGUGACGUGAGAAAUGUACGUUUAUAUCACAUGCAUCUAGAAGGACCUGCACCAUUUGCUUUACCAGAGAACGCAAAGCAUUUUAGAUCAGUGAGUUUAUUCAUUGGUGGCAAUGUAAGGAAGGCAGUUAAUCAGGGUAAUGCAGAUUGUAUUCCUAUAUAUCUACAUGAAAUUCCAAAGUUAUUUAAACGGGGCUAUAUAAAACCCGAUAUUGCUUUAAUUCAUGUCAGUCCACCCGAUUCUCAUGGUUAUUGUUCUCUUGGAACUAGCGUUGACUGUGUACGGUCUGCUAUGAGUAAUUCUAAACAAAUCAUAGCAUUAGUAAAUAAAAAUAUGCCAAGAACAUUUGGAGAUGCAAUAAUACACGUCAGUCAUAUAGAUUUUGCCGUUCAACACAAUGCCCCAUUGCCAACGCAUCCUGUGACUAAACGUUCGAAGGAAGAAGAACAAAUUGGAAAAAAUAUAGCUGAAAAUUUAGUUGUGGACGGUGCUACAUUGCAAAUGGGUAUUGGUAGCAUUCCAGAUGCAGUGCUAUCAAAUUUAACUAAUCACAAAGAUCUAGGUAUUCAUAGUGAAAUGUUCAGCGACGGUGUUUUGGCACUUGUUAACAAAGGAUGUAUAACAAAUAAUCAAAAGAGUAUGCAUAAGGGUCGUAUCGUAGGAUCAUUUUGUAUCGGUACUGAAGAAUUGUAUAAAUUUAUGCACGAUAAUCCUUUUAUAGAAAUGUUAAUGGUAGAUUAUGUUAACGAUCCAAAAAUAGUUUCUAAACAACCUAAAAUGACUGCAAUCAAUUCUUGCAUAGAAGUUGAUAUUACUGGUCAAGUUUGUUCUGAUAGUAUUGGAACUAGAAUGUAUUCAGGUUUCGGUGGUCAAUUAGAUUUCAUUAGUGGAGCAGCAAUGUCAGAUGAUGGUUGUGGAAAACCGAUCAUAGCUUUACAAUCACUAACUAGCAAAGGUGAUAGCAAAAUUGUGCCAGUAUUAAAAUUAGGUGCUGGCGUUGUUACUAACAGAGCAGUUGUUCGUUACAUCGUGACCGAGCAUGGAAUUGCAUGUUUAUUUGGCAAAAGUCUACAACAAAGAGCAUACGAAUUAAUUAAAAUUGCUCAUCCUAAUCACAGAGAAGCAUUAGAAAAAGCUGCUUUCGAACGUUUAAAAGUAAUGCCAGCGCCAUAAAUUAAACAACAAUUUACAUGGAAAAUUAUACAUAUAUAUAUAUAUAUAUAAAUGCAUACUUAUAGUAUAAUUUACCAACAUUAAUUGUGUCUCUAGAUUCCUUUUUUUUUCUCUUUCUAAUAUUUUUUUAUUGAAUAGAGAUAAAUAUUAUAAGAGUUUUAAAAAUGAAAAAAAAAGUGUACAGCUUUUAUUCACAUUAAAUUAUAAUGUGAUUCGUACAAACAUUGUUUAGGAAUUUUUGUUAUAUAUUAAUCGUUCGAGUGCCAGAAAUCUUUAAAAAAAAUAUAUCACACUUGCUGCUGGCAAGAAAUCUAAACAGCGAAUUUAAACGUUUAAAUUUUAAAACAAUUAUUC